AUGCGAGUUCUUAUCUUUGCAGUUAUUGCCGUUACUUUUCAACAAGUAUUGGCCGACACCGAGUCCGCAACACGUCAUUCCAAAACGACGCUGGCCAACCUCUAUACGGUCCUCAAGAACGUGGCUCUGCCGCCGACCAGCGCCGAUGCCACUGGCGAUGAGUCGACCGAGCAGCGAUUGGUGAUGCUUCUUCCCGGAAAGGUACCAAGUUAUUACGACUACUUCCCCGGUGAUGCGUACGAGGCCUACCUUGAGAACCCGGACUACGGGUACACCGAUAAGCAGGUUACGAUCCCUCCGCGGGUUAUGGAGAACAUGUUCGCACUCGCAGACGUCAUUCCAGGACGCUAUCCGCUGCGAGGAGCAGAGUCAGGGGAAAGUAUGGCCAUCAUCUACGAAAACAUCCUUAACAAGAUGGAGGUGAAGGGUUUCAACCAAAAAACGCAAGAGGAGAAGAAGCGCUACGUCAACGCCCUCAAUUAUCUCUCCGAGGAGAUCCCAGAUCCGCUAGACGUCACUCAGAAUGUGACUCGGUUCCAAAUGUACCGUAGAGGCCAAGAUCUCUACAAUGAGCGAAAGCUGGAGAUGGAGAAUAUCUUCGAUGAGAAGCGCGCGUCGCUCUCCGGGAUCGAGUACGAGCUGUGGUUCCAGCGCAACUUCCCGACGCUCAAGUCCCACGUGGAGGGCGCCUACACGGAGUGGCUCAUUUUCGGUCAGAAGGAGAUCGUGGAGCUGUACAAGAGCUACCUUGACGUGGAGUCGCCCGGUGUAGACCUGGAAAAGGCCAGGAUGGCUCUGCGGGCUUCCGGACUUGCUUCGCUGGAUCGAACCAGGACAAUCUAUCCCGUUUCCUUUGUUCCCAGCAACUGGUACCGCUAUCUUACCAACAUAUCCCGCCUGGAUGAGGCUCAACAGAAGCGACAAGAGAUUCAAAUGGAGUCCCGAGAUGAGAUUCUGGUCAAAAUUGGAGACCUAGAAGGACGUAAGAAGAUCCUUCUAGCCCUCCAAACUGAGGAACCUUCAGCUGAGCUUAGCAAAGAGUUUUCUGUCCUGGAGGCAUCCCUGGAUAUAUCUAAUGCACGGUUGAGUAAAUUUGCAAAUGACACCGAGGAAUUGCGACAAAAAUGUCUUAUUAGUCGAAUUAGAGCCAAAAACACCAAAAGCUCGCUUGAAACGAAAGAUUGCCAGCAGUAUGCAAGUGCUACUGGAGAGGCAUUCGAUACUGUGUCUGAUAACACAGAGCUGUAUGCUAGUGUACAUGACAUUGACUAUCAGGUCAACUCAUACCAACUGACUCGGGAAGCACUCAACGAAACUGCCAUUGCGAUUGAUGAUGAAAUCAAGGCCCUCAAGCAGCGACUGGCUAAAACAGACAUCAAGUUCUCUCACCUCGCUCGUGAUGCCAAGCAUGUAGCUGACUCCCAGGAACAGCUCGACUCCAAAUGGCUCUCUUUCUCCUUUGAUUCUAAAAAAGAUACUUCCAGUUCUUUCUCUGCUGCCUCGGCAAAAUCCUCUCAUGUUGCAGCCAGUUUCAGAGCUAGUGGAACAUUUUGGAGUGCAAGAGGGUCAGUUAGUCAUUCUCGUUCCCGCAAGGAGUCCAGCUUCUCAGCAACAAUGAAUAGUGCCCAUACAUUGGUCAGUGGACAGUUGCUACGGGUAACCAUACAGAGACCAUGGUUCCGGCCUUCUGUUUUCAAGAGCAAGCAAUUCCAGAUUAAGUCGGAUGACUCAGCCCGUGUGUCUCCUGGACAACUUCCUGGAGAGGACAAGUACAUCAAAACUGUCACUGAGCCGGGGGCCAACUACCUCCUCCCCGAGUACGUGACUGGUCUCCUGCUCUCCAGGAACAUAAAUCUUGAAUUCAAGGGGAUCUCAGCCUCUCAGUCGGCCCACGCUGUUCAUUCUGCCUCUAGCACCAGUUACAGUUUCGGCGGUAGUUAUGGAUGUGGUUUCUGGAGCGUCAGUGCAAGUGUCUCUGGGAGCCACCAGUCUUCACGGUCCAUGAAAACCUUUUCUGCCGAGAGCACCAGUGAUGGUCUGAGGGUCUCCAUCCCCGGGGCCCAGAUCGUUGGCUACUACACACAAGUAGUGCCCAAGUUCCCUCCACAAUAGCUGUCUCAAGAUAUGCAGCAGUGUAUGACACCUUCAACUGUAGCUAUACCUAUACCUAGUGUUUAGACUUUUUAUGACACUCUAGGAUGUUUCUGUACAAAGUUACUAGUUACAUGAUACUCUACACUUAGUUAACGUUUGUUUAUCUGCAAUAGUUUCAUACUCUUGCAAAGAAUUUUGCAUCCAAAAA